AUGAGAAUUACAUAUGACUUUGCAGAAACAAAAGAUAGUGCAAUCAUAUUUGUGUAUAAGCCCUCUCCAAACGACUUCCAGAUAGCUCCUGUGCUUGAGAAUUCCAGGAAGCUUAGGCUAUCUGAGGGCAUUGCUGUCGAUCUUUACAGGGACGUCCAUCCAGAUAUUAAGCUUAGUGAGUCCAAGUCAAGGAUAGAAAUUCACCUCAGAAAGGUCGAAGCAUCAAGAUGGGGCGGAAUCAAUGGGAGAUCGGAAGGCCGGUCCCAAGAUGGUAAUAAGGAAAUUACUGUGGAUGAUUCAGAAGAUGAAGAAAAUACUUCCGUGAUGGAUCUUCUCAGGAAGAUUUACCAGCGGUCUGGAGAAGAUGUUAGAAGAGCAAUGGAAAAGUCUUUCUACGAGUCUGAAGGAACUGUUCUAAGCACGGAUUGGGAAAGAGUCAAGUCAGAAAAGAUCACCCGAGAAGAUUAA